GAGAGCAAUAGUCAAGACAAUAAUGAUGAUAAUAAUGAAGGCCUUCCGUGUCGGAUAAUAUGUCACUUUGAUGGAGCAGAGUGGUUUAUGUAUAACUGUACUCCUGCAUAUGAUGCUCUCAAAAACAUCAUAUCUCGGGUAAACGACACUGAAAUGUCUUCGGACCGACUUAGCACCUCUAGUAUUAUACUAAAUGAGCCCGACGAAAUUGCUGUUAAUAUUGACGAAAGUGAUCAUGCGGCGGCGAACAAAUCUAAGGAUUCAUUCUUUAGGAAACUGUUGCCAAUCCAAUUGGAGGUUGAACGAAGUGCUGUCAUAUGUGGUAGCGCCUCGACGCCAUCUGUUUUAAUAGCAGAAUUUUGUCAGGCUAGCGGAAUUUAUACAGCAGUGAAAUCUAGAUCUGUGUUUGAUUACUACAAGUUGGUUUUAGAUUUAGAAUUUCGAGAGCCUAAAAUCUAUUUGAAACCAAAUCCGGAUUAUGUGGAGGCAUUCCGAGACACAGUGGUUCGACAAAACGAAGAUAAAACUAGUCAAAGGAAAUGCACAGACAAGGAGGAAGGAAAAGCAGGAGUCAUAAAUGAAUACGCAAAGGUUACAACAAUACUAUCCUGCCCGCUGUUGAAUAUGAAUUACUAUGCAGAUGUUGCUGGGAAAGUACCGAAAGAGUCGAUUUCGACAAAAAAUCCGGAAGAAAUUGAUAUAGGAAAUGGUGACCUUUCUCCCGAAUGGGGGAUAGACCUCAUAUUCACAAAUGCACAAGACUGGAAAUUCCAUCAUGAUGAUGACGCUUCUGAACACAACAGGCAAUAUGGAUGGUUGGAAUUUAAGAUAUUGGAUGAACAAAAUAAAUCAAAUGAUUCAACUGUCAACAUAACACUUCCUAUGAUUUACACGGAAAAAGGAUACACCAAUAACUUGGAAAUUGACCUGGAAAAUAUCGAGGUGCAAACCAGUGUUAAUUUUUCGAAAGUGUUAACCACAAAAAAAGUAAAGAUAAUGUGUGAUUUACCUGCUCCCUUAAAAUGGAAUAAAAUCCGGAGGUGGGAAUUUGACGUUUACCUAACGGACGCGAAGAUAUUUCUUCUCAGGGAUCACAUCACAUUAUUUCAGGACUUAAUCAAAGAUUGGACUGAUGGGCCAUCCCCCGAUCAAUUGCAUUUCAUACCAAUGGAAUAUCAUUUUAAACCUCGUUUCACCACCUUCGAGCUGUACCUUUAUGCGAAUGAACAAAACAUCAUCGACGACCCAAUUGAUAUUGAUGACAACA